GCAUUGCAAUUCCAAUUUCAUAGAGAAGUUGCAAAGCAAACACAACACAGCAGAUAGCUUUCAGAAUUUGUCACGCAAUUCUCGCCGUCGACGAACAUGGCAUCGCGAGUCAGCAUUGGCAACCUCACCGCCGCCAAGCCACCGUACGUUAUUAAUUCACCUCGGUUUUGUUCACCGCAUAAAUCUUCUAACGCUCCUUCUCACCAAAACGCUGCGCAACACAACGACAUCAUGCUCAAAAGAACCGUGCUCGUAACCGGUGGUGCCGGAUACAUCGGAAGCCACACCGUUCUUCAGCUACUCCUCGGAGGUUUCGCAACCGUCGUCGUCGACAACCUCGACAAUUCCUCCGAGGUUGCCAUCCGAAGAGUCCGGGAACUCGCCGGCGAGUUUGGGAAUAACCUAUCCUUCCAUAAGGUGGACCUACGGGACAGAGCGGCUCUAGAGCAAAUUUUUGUUUCCACACAGUUUGAUGCUGUCAUACAUUUUGCUGGACUGAAAGCAGUGGGAGAAAGUGUGCAAAAACCUUUACUAUAUUACAACAACAACUUGACUGGGACAAUCACUCUAUUGGAAGUCAUGGCUGCUCAUGGAUGUAAAAAGCUUGUGUUCUCGUCUUCAGCAACUGUAUAUGGUUGGCCAAAGGAGGUUCCGUGUACAGAAGAGUUCCCUCUGUCAGCAAUGAAUCCAUAUGGCCGAACUAAGCUUAUUAUUGAAGAAAUUUGUCGUGAUGUCCACCAAGCAGAGCCAGAUUGGAAAAUAAUAUUGUUAAGGUAUUUCAACCCAGUUGGUGCACACCCUAGUGGUUAUAUUGGGGAGGAUCCUCGUGGAAUUCCAAACAAUCUCAUGCCAUUUGUUCAGCAAGUAGCAGUUGGCAGACGACCUGCGCUGACAGUUUUUGGAAAUGAUUAUAAUACAGUUGACGGCACUGGGGUUCGGGAUUAUAUUCAUGUUGUUGAUUUAGCAGAUGGGCACAUUGCUGCUUUACUUAAACUAGACGAACCUAAUAUAGGUUGUGAGGUUUAUAACCUGGGAACAGGAAAGGGAACAUCUGUUUUGGAGAUGGUUAGGGCUUUUGAAGCUGCAUCUGGAAAGAAAAUUCCUCUUGUGAUGGCUGGCCGUAGACCUGGUGAUGCUGAAAUUGUUUAUGCAUCCACUAAAAAAGCGGAAAGAGAGCUUAAAUGGAAGGCAAAAUAUGGCAUUGAUGAGAUGUGCCGUGAUCAAUGGAAUUGGGCUAGCAAAAACCCUUACGGCUAUGAAGAUCAGGAGGACUCCACAGAUUAACUACACAGUAUUCUGAACUCUCCCCCACCGUAGUCCAUAGGUCUUGCAUUAUUAUGAUUCAUAGUUACAUGGUAAAUAAGUAGUGCUUUACUAUACUGUAAUCUAAAAGUUCUUUAGGUUAUUGAUUAUUAGAUUCAGGUUCUCUCAUUUUCACCUCCUAUUCUGUAAAUCUAAUAUCUCAUGUUUGUUUAAAGUGUGACUAACAAUGUAUUCUUACCUCAUUAUUUACUACCUUUGCCAAUAA